UGGAACACAAGUGGCUGUAACGCACAUUUGGUCCCGUGUGUCUCUCCGCCGCUUACAUCAACCGGGAAGUGUGCAGCGUCACCAUGACAUCGUCCAACCGGUCGGUCGGGGUUAUUAGAUAAUAGCGAACAUGGCUGCGCCCACAGGACCGAAAGGCACAUCUGCCUCCAACCCGACCGGGUUUGAGGGUUUCCCGUUCGCAGUGGCCAGCAGACCACCGGAGGACGGCGCCGGUAAGGAGCAGGAGCAGACCGGGGAUGUGAAGAAGAAGCCGUGCAGGGCUUGUACGGACUUUAAAACGUGGAUGAAGGUCCAGAAGAAACAGACGACCGCUGCUGUACAGGAGACCCGAGCUGCAGAGUCAGAACCACAACCGGACCCACAGUGUCCAUUGGACAGGGAAGAGUUGGGGCGCAGCACGUGGUCCUUCCUGCACACUAUGGCAGCAUAUUACCCCGACCAGCCGUCUUCCACCCAGCAGCGAGAGAUGGGGCAGUUCAUCAACCUUUUCUCCAAGUUCUUCCCCUGCGAUGAGUGUGCAGAAGACCUCAGGGGCAGAUUGAAAACCAAUCAGCCAGACACCCGGAGUCGCCAUUCUCUUUCUCAGUGGCUCUGUCACAUCCAUAAUGACAUCAACAUCCGGCUGGGCAAACCCGAGUUCGACUGCUCCCGUGUGGACGAGAGGUGGAGAGAUGGAUGGAAAGAUGGUUCCUGUGACUGAGUAACUUCUCUGUUUCUCAACCAAGACUCACAGUAAAACAUGUUCCACUAAACCUCUUGUUCAUUCCUGUUAUUGAGGAGUUUUAAAAGUUUAGGAUACAAAUCUUUUAUUGAAAUUCUUUUACCCAAUCUCUUGUGUGAAAUACAAAAUGGCUUUUUGUGUUUUUUUGGGUCAUCGUUUCAGGUGCGACCCUGAUUUGUCUGUUUAAAGCAGUACAUUUAGCCAUUAAAAUUAUUGUUUCCCGGUCUGUUUAUAAGUUGUGUUUUGAAAUUGUAUCCCCAAAACAGCCAGUACAACACUAGAUAAUCAAAUUCUUAAAUGUGUGAAUGAAUCAUAUUGACUUAAUUAAACAAUCCUUCUCGUUAUGUCAGCUAUAACUUAUAAAAUACUUUUGAAUAUGUCAGAUAAAUAUAUAUAUUUUACCUAAUGAUGAUUACAAAUUUAUUUUUCAUUGAAAUACUACACAUGUGGUAUUGUGUGUACGUGUGUGUUGUGGGCUUGGUAUGCCUGAAGAGUAUGGUAAUUUAUUGGCAUAAAUUAGUGCUGAAUUUGGUAACUAUGUAAUUAAAUGAGUAGCUGAUCAUUAAAGUAAUUGAAUUAAGUAAAAAUA